AUGCCGACACAGACGAGAGCAUCAUCAGUUGGAGCUGCGUUGGACCCGAUGAUGAAUGAUCCGCGUCUCAGGGACGUCGAGCCGGAUGCACGAUUUGAGAAGGGUGUUGAGCACGAAGUGGAAGCCAUCGUUGGGAAGAGGAUCCACAAGGGGCGUGUCCAAUGCAAAUGCAAAUGGCGCUGGCAUCCACUCUCGAGCGCGUCAUGGGAGGACGAGAGCGACGUGCUCUGCAAACAACUUGUGCAGGACUACGAGAACCGUGACGUUGGCUCUGACCUGCGUUUCGAUGAUACGCCAUUCCCGCCGUUGUACGCCAUUGUGCGCGUGAGGCACUGCAAGGAGCUCAACCGCGAACACACCGUGAAGGUGACUAAGCUUGACAAGGAUGGCAUCCAGCUGCAUUACCUGAAGGAGCCGACACGCACAAAGCGGUCAAAGAAGGAGAGCCUCGUGGGCAUGAAGAGUGCCAUAUCGCUGGCCGACUUCCUUCGUUUUUACCAAUGGGAGCGAGAGAGGGAUGAGAACGAGGACGAACAGGGAGUGGAAGGCUGAACGACAGGCCGCCGCUGCACUGGUUCUUUGCUGAAAGUGCUGUUUUCCUCUGGGGGCCUGCCCCCCGCUGCAUGCGCAUGUAGUUUACAUGCGGAUAGGAUUUCUGUGGCUGCUUUCGCCAGAGACGAGGACUCCCAUGCCUAGAAAGGGUGCUGCUCAGCAGCCGGUUUUCAUCUCCAACCACCAGAACACUGAGGGACGGUCAUUGAUGGGUUGGGCCGUACCGAAGGCGAGGCAGACAAGGAGUUUUUGCUACUGACUGUAGGUUUUCUCCUUCCUUGUCGUGUAUUGUAAUGUAUUUACUGUGUAUUUUCAUCAGAGAGGCAUUGAUGUGUCAUCCUCGUAGAUAGGACGGGUGCUGCUCGGA